UGAAGUAUAUAUAAGGGUAUCUACCUUCUUUUUUUCAAAAUUUAAAACAAAAUCAAAGAUUCAGAGUAGUACAUAUUUGGGUUGAAAGCCAAUUAUUGUACUCAUUAAACAAAACUAAUACAGAUUUCCCACACUAAUCACUGUUAAGAUUUGAGAGUUUUUCAUUUAACUUCCAAUUUCAAGGUCGUUUACAUUUCACAUACUUGGAAGCUUCAAGUUAAAACUGGGGAAAACAGCAAGGAUUUGUUUCUAUUUUGGGGUGACAAAGUGGUGGUUUCCAAACCAAGUUGGUUUAGAUUGGUGAAAUGGGCAAGGUUAAUGGAGUUGAAGAGGCAACAACUUCCAACUCCAGUGUUGUGGAACCAAGUCAACAGGAAACUAAGAAUCAGGAGAAUGAAACUAUUCAUAAAGUCCCAUUCCACAAGCUAUUUUCAUUUGCAGAUUCUACUGAUAAGGCAUUGAUGAUCAUUGGCACAAUUGGUGCAAUAGGAAAUGGUGCAUGUAUGCCUCUAAUGACCAUAGUUUUCGGUGAUGUGGUUGACGCCUUUGGCGAGAAUCAAGACCCUCAACACACCCUUCAUGUUGUAUCUAAGGUGUGUCUGAAGUUUAUCUACUUGGCCAUAGGUGUAGCAAUCGCUGCAUUUCUUCAGGUGACUUGCUGGAUGGUCACAGGAGAAAGACAGGCUGCAAGAAUUAGGAGCUUGUACCUAAAAACUAUUCUCAGACAAGAUGUUGCAUUCUUUGACAAAGAAACAAAUACUGGAGAGGUUGUUGGAAGGAUGUCCGGCGAUACUGUUCUCAUACAAGAUGCUAUAGGGGAGAAGGUUGGCAAGUUUGUGCAGAUGAUAGCAACAUUCAUCACAGGUUUUGUGAUUGCAUUCAUCAAAGGGUGGCUUCUCACUCUUGUCAUGAUGUCCUCGAUACCCCUUCUCGCAAUUGCUGGUGCAGUCAUGACCAUUGUUAUAUCAAAGAUGGCAACAAGAGGCCAAAGUGCUUAUGCAAAGGCGGCAAUUGUCGUAGAACAGACUAUAGGUUCAAUAAGAACAGUGGCAUCGUUUACAGGAGAGAAACAAGCCAUUGCAAACUACAAGAAAGCUAUUGCAAGCGCUUACAAGUCAGGUGUACUUGAAGGAGUGGCUUCAGGGUCGGGGAUGGGGGCAUUAACAACUGUUAUCUUCUGCAGUUAUUCUUUAGCUAUAUGGUUUGGCUCAAGGAUGAUUCUUGAAAAGAAUUACACAGGGGGUACUGUCCUUAUUGUCCUUAUUUCUGUCGUCGUUGGAUCUAUGUCAUUGGGGCAAGCAUCUCCCUCUAUGAGCGCAUUUGCUGCAGGCCAAGCAGCAGCGUAUAAGAUGUUCGAGACUAUCAAUCGAAAAUCAGAAAUCGAUCCCUACAACAUGACUGGAAAAACAAUCGAUGAAAUUCACGGAGAUAUUGAGUUAAAGGAUGUCUGUUUCAGUUAUCCUAGCAGACCUGAUGAACCAAUUUUCAGUGGAUUUUGUCUUUCCAUUUCAAGUGGCACAACUGUUGCAUUAGUUGGACAAAGUGGUAGUGGAAAAUCAACAGUAAUUAGCCUUUUAGAGAGGUUUUAUGAUCCACAAGGUGGAGAGGUUCUAAUUGAUGGAAUUAAUCUGAAAGAAUUUCAGCUGAGAUGGAUCAGACAAAAAAUUGCCUUAGUUAGUCAAGAGCCUGUGUUAUUCGCGUCCUCAAUUAAAGAUAAUAUUGCAUAUGGGAAGGAUGAUGCUACAAUUGAAGAGAUUAGAGCUGCAAUUGAGUUGGCAAAUGCUGCUAAGUUCAUUGAUAAAUUGCCUCAGGGGCUAGAUACUUUGGUUGGUGAGCAUGGAGGCCAGCUCUCCGGAGGACAAAAGCAGAGAGUGGCCAUAGCAAGGGCCAUUUUAAAAGAUCCACGGAUUUUACUUUUGGAUGAAGCUACAAGUGCACUUGAUGCAGAAUCUGAGAAGAUUGUGCAAGAAGCUUUAGACCGGAUAAUGGUAAACCGAACAACUGUUGUUGUUGCUCAUCGCUUGAGUACUAUCAGAAAUGCUAAUAUGAUAGCAGUUAUUCAUCAAGGAAAGGUGGUUGAGAAAGGUCCGCACUCUGAACUAUUGAAAGAUCCCGAGGGAGCAUACUCUCAACUUAUCCGUCUGCAAGAAACAAGAAACGAGUCUGAACAAGUUGAGGAUAUUGGAGAGAUGUCAAGACGACACUCCAGUCAAAGAAACUCAUCAUCAUUAAGAUCAUUAAGUCAUGGAUCCUCUGGUAGAGUGAGUAGUAGCCGUCACUCUUUCUCAGCUCCAGAACUCGUGGAAGAAGGUACUGAUUUGUCAUCAUCUUCUAAGGAAAAACCAAAUGAAGUUUCAAUUUGGCGCGUUGCUUCUCUCAACAAACCUGAAAUCCCAGCACUUAUUCUCGGAGCUAUAGCAGCGUGUGCUAAUGGCCUCAUCUUUCCAAUCGUCAGUAUAAUCCUUUCAAGCGCGAUCAGAAUGUUUUACGAACCACCUGAUAAACUGAGAAAAGAUUCAAAGUUCUGGUCUCUUAUGUUUCUACUGGUGGGUGUAGCAUCACUUGUGACUCAACCUCUUCAGUUCUUGUUCUUUGGAGUGGCUGGUCAUAGGUUAAUACAACGUAUAAGGACUAUGUGUUUUGAGAGAGCGGUCCACAUGGAAGUUGGAUGGUUUGAUGAGGCUGAUCAUUCGAGUGGUGCAAUUGGUGCAAGGUUGUCUGCUGAUGCGGCAAUUAUGCGUGCUUUAGUUGGAGAUACACUUGGAUUGACUGUUCAGAAUAUUGCUACUGCAGUUGCUGGUUUAGUGAUUGCUUUCACCGCGAACUGGAUUUUGGCGUUCAUUAUUCUUGCUCUGAUACCCUUUAUUGGCCUUAAUGGUUAUGUCCAAGUCAAGUUUUUGAAGGGAUUCACUGCAGAUGCUAAGAAGAAGUACGAAGAGGCGAGCCAAGUUGCUAAUGACGCAGUUGCUAGUAUAAGAACGGUUGCUUCUUUCUGUGCCGAGGAGAAGGUAAUGCAACUAUAUGAAAAGAAAUGUGAAGCACCAAUUGAAGCAGGUGUGAAACAAGGAGUGGUUAGUGGGGUGGGUUUUGGUGUGUCCUUUUCUCUUCUCUUUCUUGUCUAUGCCGGUAGUUUCUAUGCCGGAGCUCAGCUCGUUGCCCAUGGGAAGACAACAUUUUUCGAGGUUUUCAAGGUAUUCUUCGCGUUGGCAUUCUCUGCAAUAGGAAUAUCACAAUCAAGCUCCUUUGCAACUGAUAGUAGUAAAGCCAAGAGUGCGGCUGCAUCUGUAUUUGCAAUCCUUGAUCGUAAAUCUAAGAUUGACUCAAGCGAUGAAUCUGGGAUGAUCUUGGAUGAUGUCAAGGGUGAACUUGUUCUUCAACAUGUUAGCUUUUUGUAUCCUAGUAGACCUGAUACUCAGAUUUUCCGAGACCUGUCCUUGACUAUCCACUCUGGCAAGACUAUUGCUCUUGUUGGAGAAAGUGGGUGCGGAAAAUCAACUGUCAUAGCCCUCUUACAGAGGUUCUAUGAUCCAAAAUCUGGUUGUAUCACACUGGAUGGGAUUGAAAUUCAGAAAUUCCAACUGAAGUGGCUAAGACAACAAAUGGGACUUGUAAGCCAAGAGCCUGUUCUUUUCAAUGACACAAUACGUGCCAAUAUUGCGUAUGGAAAGGGCGGCAAUGCUACUGAAGCAGAAAUCACCAAUGCUGCAGAGCUAGCAAAUGCUCACAAGUUCAUCAGUAGCUUACAACAUGGGUACGAUACAGUGGUAGGAGAACGAGGAGUUCAGUUAUCAGGAGGGCAAAAACAAAGGGUUGCCAUAGCCAGGGCCAUAGUAAAGAAUCCAAGAAUACUUCUAUUAGACGAGGCAACAAGCGCGCUAGAUGCAGAAUCAGAAAGAGUUGUGCAAGAUGCAUUAGAUCAAGUCAUGGUAAAUCGGACAACAGUCGUUGUUGCUCAUAGAUUAUCUACCAUCAAACACGCCGAUGUUAUUGCUGUUGUAAAGAAAGGUGUUAUUGCAGAGAAAGGGAAGCAUGAAACUCUAAUUCGUAUCAAAGAUGGUGUUUAUGCUUCUUUGGUUGCUCUUCACAUGAGUUCUUCCUCUUAACCUUGCCACAAAAUUUUGUUCUUGUUUUUUUGAGAGUUAUCUAUUUUUAGUCAACCUAUAUUUUGUAGUAGAACUGUUUUGUGAGAUAGUUAAAUUUGUUUACAUUUUCCAAGUUCUCUUAGGAGGAAUUCGGGGAGAUUUGUGAAUAUUUAUUAUUUUAUUUAACAUAUCAAAUUCUUUUUGUCUUCA